GUAUGUAGAAACCACAUUUGUUAAUUUAGGCGCGUUAGUUGGAAUUUGUUCAGAGACUGAGAAAGUUACUUGUGAAAAUGGCAGAUAUUGAUGAAGUUGAUGGUGCUAGCGAUGAAGAAGUUGAAGCAAUGACAGCUGGUGAAGUACUUCAAAAGCUGGAGGAGGCCUGGCUAAAUGAGAAAUUUUCUCCUGAGCUAUUGGAGGCAAAAACAGAUUUAGUUGACUGCAUGUUAGAACAAAUGACAGAAAUGGAAGAAAACAUCAAGAGAGCAAAGAAAGGGGACUUCAAAGUUGUACUUCAUAGAAUGGAGAUAGACAGGAUAAGAUAUGUACUCAGCAGCUACCUAAGAUGCAGGUUGAAAAAGAUAGAAAAGUACACGAUUCACACUUUGGAGCAGGAGAGCAACAGACAGGAUGAUGAUGUUUGUCGUCUCUCACCAGAGGAGUUCACAUUCGCAAAAGAAUAUGCAGCCACUCUGGAAACACAUAUGAAGAAUUUGGGUCUUCGACACAUGCCUCCUAAUUUGCAGACAAUGGAUCCUAAACAAACAACGAUCCGUCCAAACCUAGACAGCUAUGUUUUCCUGAGAGUAAAUGAAAACACUGACGGAGUUUUAGUGGAGGAAGAAACACUAGACACAGGGGAAGAAAUUGUGGAUUUACAAAAGGGGGACCAGCACAUAAUGCGAUACAAACCCCUCUCGGCGUUAGUGACAUCAGGAGCUGUAACUUUGAUAUGACAAAAAUACUGAGUGACUGUAAAUCGUGGUCAGUACUGUAAAUCGUGGUCAGUACUGCUAUGUGUCAGUAGUGAACAGUGGAACAUGAUUGUAUACUACAAAGGGGUGCGACUUGCUUUCUAAUAUUGUAUGGAAAGGUGUGCAACUCCUGCAAUCUUCUUAUCGACAUGCCCGGCAGUUGUGCUUUUUAUGGGACAUGAUGCAUUGAUAGGACAUUCUCCUUUUGAUUUUCCGGGUGCUUUGCUGUGUGGCAAGUUCUCUGGGGCAGGGGUAUGUUUUAACGUGGCUAGUGUCCAAAAAAAUGUAAUCUAUGAAGUCUUCAAAUGAAAAAAAAGAAAUUGAACUCUUACAGGACAUUUAAAUUGAAUGAGUUGGAGGCUAGGGUCUAGACCUUGGCUGGUUUCAUUGAAACAAAGUACACAUUACACAUUGACACCAUUAUAUUUUUUUUACGCAGUUUGUAAACCUAGAUCUUUAUCAGAAUGACUCAGGUUGUCUUUGUGUUUUGAAUGUUCGAUUCAGUUUUCUUGUGUCAGCAUAUUUUAGAUUUAAUUGUACAUAUGUUAUACGUGAUCGUAUGAUUUCAGUUUGGAAAUUACUUCACACAUUGUGAAAGAAAUAAGGAGGGUGACAAUGUCGAGAUUGAUAUAUAAUUCAAGAGAAAGUAAUGUAAAAUGAAAAAAUAAAAUGCAUGAAAUUACAUUGUAUGUUUUUAUCAAUUAAGAGUUCAUUGCAAUCUCGGUGCUGUAUAAAAUAUUUCAAAUGCA